AUGGUGCUGGGUGCUGUUAGUGUGUGCUGUCUGGGAACUCGGGUCUUGCGUGGUGCAAAAUCACCACUGCAGUAUCAUUCCGUGGAGCAGUGCUGUAUAAACCAGUACCGCUGCAAGAGCCAGAGAACAUAUGCUGUUACAUUUGGAGAAAUUGAAGAAUGUUAUACUGACUUCUUCAGAGAAGACUUUGAUGUGAAAGCGUACACUUCCCAGUCUAUCCAUCAGGCUGUGAUAGCUGAGCAGCUAGCAAAACUUGCCCAAGGUAUUAGUCAGUUGGAUAAAGAGCUUCAUUUACAAGUUGUUGCAAGACAUGAAGACCUGUUGGCCCAAGCAACUGGAAUUGAAUCGCUGGAAGGUGUCCUCCAAAUGAUGCAGACUAGAAUUGGUGCUCUACAAAGUACUGUUGACAGAAUUAGAGUCAAAAUUGUCGACCCCUACAACAAAAUAGUGUCUCGCACAGCUCAGCUAGCAAAACUUCAGGCUGCCUGUGACUUGCUGCGGAGGAUAAUACGCAUCUUGUAUCUCAGUAAGAGACUUCAAGGACAACUGCAAGGAGGAAGCAGAGAGAUAACAAAAGCUGCCCAGAGUCUCAAUGAACUUGCUUGGGUGCUUCCACACUGUGCUGCAGGAUGCAGUGAGGAGCAUCCCAUUAGUCUUGGAAAUGAGUCGUUGGUGUUGUAUAUGCUGCCCAUGAAGCCCGACACCCGGGUGGAUGGGAACACCCGGCUGAGGAGUGGCUGGUGUGGUGGGCUGGAGGUGGCUGUCCUCUCUGGUGAGGUGGUGGCUUCCUGGGUGUGGGGUGGCUCUGUUCCGAGGGGAGGAAAGCGCGCAGUGGCUGGAGUCAGCACGGUUCAGGGUACAGCAGUGGGAGGCAGCAGGAAGGUG